AUUCGGCAACCGCCGCUUUAGUUUACACAUCGCCGCGGUACCGCCCGGAUGCGUACCAUGUGCGCCAAAAACACGCUGCACUAUCGCAAUGACUAAAAAUUUAAACCGCUCGAGUCGAUGGACAGAAAGUGCAUUUAAAACGAACUCAUUUGACGCUGGUUGCGUUUUUAUUGUUGUGCGUACGCUGUCUGUUUGAUAAACACUUCCUGUUAAGUGUAGUGCAGAUGUACGACAUUUGAAUCGUCCCAUAAAUUAAUAUGCGAGGGUUCUCGUGCCGCUUCUACCUGCUCUAUUGUAUUCAGGUUUGGUGGGUACUUGUGGUGGUCGCUGGUACUGAUGAUGGGACGACGAGUGGCACAACGAAUCCUACAGAUCAAAACUAUGUAUCACAUGAGGAGACCACAACUACCGCUGAUAACACGACGGAUAUUUAUACAAAUGCAGCAUUCUCUGACCAAGAUUUGAAUUUUACAACUCCCACAACUCUGUCAAGCGAAACAACUCAUGUUACAGAAGGAGCAGACUAUCAGCAAGAACAGACUACGUCAUCAACAACAGAAGAAAUCAAAGAGUUUAGUACACCAAAAUAUAGCACAGAUAAUACAAGCUUACCAAAUAUCAAUAACAGUGAUUUACUAACGUCUAUUUCAUCAGGAGUUAUGGAAGUGCCACAUCAGAGUACCAAUAUUACAGAAAACGUUACAGUAAAAAGCAACUUAGCCAUAAAAGCUAGGAAUUACAACAUUGGAUCUCAGGACGAGUCUAUGAACAAUACUGACAACAAUUUAAAUGAAUCCCUGGCGACUGAACCUUCUGCCAGUUCGUCUACAAUAAUUUCAUCAUCUACAAUUGAAACUACAACGUCUUCAACAAGUGAAACCUCUACCACCCAAAGUUCGACUACAGAAUCCUCAGCGACGCAAAGUUCUGUGACAGAAUCGCCAACAACCCAAGAUUCUACAACAGAAUUUUCUACAACACAGAAUUCUACUACGGAGUCGUCUACCACCCAAAACUCUUCUACAGGAACAUCUACAGUCACUAGUUCUACUACAGAAUCAUCUACGACAGAAUCAUCUAUUAUCACUACAUCGUCUACCCCAACAGUUGCAACGACGACACCAUCAACUACCACAACAAAUCCAACUCCAAUAGACCCACAGAAUUUAAGCAUCGCACGGCUAGAUUCAACAAGCUUUAAUUUAACUUGGGAAGCCCCCAAAGAUAACACACAAACUUAUAUAGUGACGGUUAACAUCAAGACAUCUAGGAAACCUGCAGUGGUGUGGUCCACCUGUGACAUUGGCAAUGACAGACAGGAUGAAGUGUCAUGCUGUAGUUAUGUGUACAACGACGCUAUGGUGGGAGUGAACUAUACAAUCGGUGUUAAGGCUACUAAUGGAAAUGUUAAUGGAAGUGAAGUAUCUUGGAGUGGAAUGCCUUUACCAGUUCCUGAGCCACCAAUUUUCUAUGAAAAUGUCAGUAUUUCCGACAUUUCAACAAACACCGCUAUUGUAAAUUUAGCUUCAAGUAACGAUGACGUUCUGUACUGGGCUAUCACUAUUUGGAACGAAGAUAUCACUGAGGAACAAGAAUACUGUUUGUGGACGAACACUAUGUGGCCUUCUUUGAACACUACAUUGGCGUAUCAAGCUAGUCCAAAGUUUUGGACACCUUUUUUCGAUUCAAGCAAUCCAAGCUUUCAACUGGGUACAAAUUCUAGUUGUUCUGAAAAUGAACCAUAUUGUAAUAGAGAACUUCAAUCAGAUACCAAAUAUUACAUAGUAAUUUCGUACUUUUACCGAAACUACUAUGGUAGCAAAUUAUUAGCAUCUUUCGUAACUGAGAAACAAAGAAACCUUGGUCUAAUCUUAGGACUCGUUUUUGGGCUACUAUUUAUCUCAGUAAUGGGAUUUCUAGGUUUCUUGUUAUGGCGAAAAGGAAUAUUUAAAGAGAUCAGUUUAAUGAUAUUUCAAUCAAAUCAUAAUCAAAAUUCGGAGGAUCACGAAAAUAUGACAGCCUUGUUGUCGGAAGAAGAGAGAAAAAAUAAACCUAUCAUAAUCACGGCAGGCCGCAACGUAAAAGUGAAGGAAUUCAUAGCUUACUGUGAUUAUUUAGAACAAAAUCCAGACGUUCAAAAAGACGAAUGGGAGAAAUUAAAUGAGGAUAGUAAAAAUAACGACGUGGAAUUCAAAACUGCGUUCGCCACGUUGCCAGAAAAUAGGAGAAAGAAUAGAUAUCCUAAUAUUUUACCAUGGGACCAUUGCCGUGUAAAACUAAACAUAGACGAAGAUGACGAAAUAUGUUCUGAUUACAUCAAUGCUUCAUAUGUAAAAGGUUAUUCAAAUGAAGUGGAGUACAUUGCUACUCAAGGACCUCUGCCUGGCACUUGUAGAGACUUUUGGAAGAUGGUGAUACAAGAAAACGUCACCAUAAUAGUUAUGGUGUCGAAAUUUAUAGAAAAUAAUAGAGAUAAAUGUUAUAAAUAUUUUCCAAACAACCAUCAAAUCAUGACUGUAGGUGAUGACAUAGAAGUUAGAUGUAGUACCGAACUUCAUUUGGGAGUAUACUGUAUAAGAACUCUUCAAGUGAAAAAAGACCUUGUCCAAGUGAACGUAACGCAUAUGCAAUAUCUGGAUUGGCCAGAUUUUGGGGUUCCCACUGAUACAGGGGACAUACUUCAGUUUUGUAGCAAUCUACGAAGUAGAUGGUCUCAAGGGGGUUUAGCUUUAGUGCACUGCAGUGCUGGGGUUGGUAGAACCGGUACUCUCGUAGCCACAGACAUACUCCUGCAAGCCAUCAACUCUGAAAGUAGAAUUAGCGUAUACAACACCGUAUUGGAGAUGAGGAAGCAAAGAAAAAACAUGGUCCAAACGCAGAAACAAUAUAUGUAUAUAUAUCAAUUAGUGAAGAACAUGUUGGAAGCGCCCAUAAUAAAUGAGGAAUAUGAUAAAGAACCUGUAUAUGAAAAUAUCACAGUCAAUGACAACAGAAAUAGUGGAGUUUCUUUAAAGAACCAGGAUGAAACUGAUAUCGAGACUGCUGAAAGUGCCUUUUAACCAAUAUUUGGACCAAAUACAGUAUACUGAGCAAACCAAAAAUUACACGACCUCGAUAUAAUAUUUUAAUAGUAUUAUUAUAGCCAAACCAAACCAAAAAUAUUCUUUGUUUUAGUAUUUCUUUUGUAAUACUUUUCCAUAUUCUAAAAAUUUAGAUUAGAAAACUGUUAAACUUUUCUUUAUUAGGUGUAAAUAAUUGACUCUUAAGAACAAAUAUUAUUACUUACUGUGAUAAUUCUUAAUGUUUCAAAGGCAUUGUUGAACAUUUUUCAUCAUAUUGACUUUUUAUUGUAGGUAUGUAUGUAUAAAUUAUUUAUUAUUUUAAUGUAUAGACAUGUAAAAUUUUUAAAUGUGAUAUUUUUUAAAUAAAAUCUUAUAAUAUA